AUGACAACCUCCAGUGAUCACUUAAAUUUUAAUUCGAAUGGUACAACUGCUCAGUCAGUAGCAUCUACUAAUUAUCUUACAUUAGGUAGUCAUAUAUGUACAACUAUCAUGUCAAUAAUUUAUGCAAUGGGCUACAUUGGUAAUACAUUUGCUCUUAUUACUUUUUCAAGUAAACGAUUACGUCGUAUAUCAAGCAGCAUAUUUCUUCUUGCAAUUGCCAUAAGUGAUAUUGGUGCACUUUUAACAUCAUUAUGGAUUUUUUUGAGUGAUGCGUUUGGAAUUCCACUACAGAAUUACUCAGCAUUGGCUUGUCGUUUUCGUACAUUUUUUGCUUAUGUUUUUAUGGAUUUAUCAUCGUGGUGUAUAGCCGGUUUAGCAUUCGACCGGUACUUGCGUAUUCGAUUUCCUUUUGGUUCCAAAAGUCUUUGUACGCCACGGAAUGCAUUUUUUGUAGUAUUAACAUUUGUCCUUGUUUUAUGCGGCAUAAAUGGACAUUAUUUUUCACCUGGUAUUGGACAAGAACGUGGUGAAAAUCGUUCAACAGCACAUUGCUUAGAAAAUCGUGAUACAUAUCCAAAUUAUUACUAUUUUUAUAAAAGAAUUUGGCCAAAAAUUGAUAUGAUUAUUUUUUGUUUCUUGCCUGCUUGCAUUAUGAUUCUAUGCAAUGCAAAUAUAAUUUAUCUACGUAAAAAACAACUAGAUUACGUAGAAAAUACAAACAGCUUUCGAUCAAAAAAAGAAACAACACAAAUAAAUACUCAACAGACAUUAAAUGGAAUUUUAUCUACUAGAAAAGUUUUUACAGCACAUCGAAGAUCUAUGGAACGACAAAUGUCUUUGAUGAUGGCAGCUUGUGUUAUCGUAUUUAUUUGUACAACAGUACCUGUGACGAUUUGUCUUAUAUUACUUGAAGAAUUUACUAUAAAAGAUCCUAACAGGAAACAAAAUAAUGACUUUUAUUUAUUAAUAUUUCGUACACUUCGCGCUCUUAUGUAUGUGCAUUUUGGGUCUAAUUUUUAUUUAUAUUGUUUAACUAGUCGAAUAUUUCGUGCUGAAUUUUUUCAAACAAUAACAUGUCAAAAAUUCCCAGAAAUACCAAGUAAAGAUCAGUCAACGAAUAUUGCACUUAAUAAAAUUUCUGAUGUAUAA